GUCCCCCAGUUCAUAAUUAUUUGGUGGGCACGGAUUUGCUUUUGUUCUCCGCUCGGCUUUUUUUCGCUUUCCCCCAUCCACCUACAUGCGUUGGGAAAUCGGGCGAACUCAGACACGGAAAAUAUGGCAAAAAAAAAGAAAACAGAACAGAAACGAGGGGUCGGAAAAGCUAUCGCCCCAGCUGUAGCGUUGAAAUCUGAUUGAUAAUAACUAAAUGCGAUUUCUUCAAAGAGCAUAAAAGCGUAUUUUUAAUUAUUGUGGAAAUAUAUUUCCGCAGCUCUGCUGCUCAAUGCCAACCCAUUCGUAAUGUACUAUUUCCCCUUCUAGAAUAGGAAUAGUCUCGCAUUUCGUAAUUACUCACAGAGAUAAAAAAAAAGUCGAUCUUAUCUAAUGCUCCAAAUAGAGCAGUACAUAAAUUCUAGUAAUAAAUCUCAUUUAAUGCGGGACUAUAGUAAAUCCAAAUUUAAACAGCCUUCAACAAACGAAUUGCUGUUUAGUAUUUAAAUGCUCAUAUAACCUUAUGCGUGUGAUGAUUCCCCCUUUUAUUAUUAACCACUCGCUUGCGUUUCGAGCUCUCUAUCAUUUGAUUUCCCCCUUCACCUUUCACUCUCUGCCCUAUAAUUUCGUAUUGCUAUUUGUUCAUUGGCUUGUUGUUGUUGUCGGUGGUAUUCAGCUAAGUUUUACAAAAUGCAGGCAGUCAUUUGGUAGCCAUGCAAAUGUUGUGCUAAUUUUGUUGGCCGUGUGGCUCUUCAUUUCAAAAACACUUUCCUCGCGAACAAAAGACGAUGCGAUGGUAGAGACCCCAAUCGCAAUAUGCCGGCCAGAUAUGUGAGGAUUACAGCAAAUCAUGUGGAUAUACUAUAUGUACCAUAUGCUUAGGUGGCCACACAUAAUUCAUUCGCAUAUUUUCCGUUUCCCAGCUAAGCGCCUUUUCGUGAGCAUUUCAUUUAUUUUCCCACACAGCGUCAUGAAUGUACGCAUACGACCAAAAAACUAGUCCACCAGGUGAAGUUUUUCGGUACGAAUUGAAAUAAUUAAUAUUUAGUAUUCUAUGCUUGUGAUAUGACAUUUGGUUGAUUUUAACAACGCAAUCUUAUCUCAAUCCCAAUGUGUACACCUUUCGGUACUAGUUUAAACAAGUUACAGCUUUAAUUCUCUAUUCUAUGUUUUUGUACUGGCAAAGUGUCAUUCAACUUAUAUUGUUAAAGUAACGAGAACUUGGUUUAGCGAUUAAGUUGGCAGUUUGGGGGUCUGUGUUCCCCCAAUAUUGACAAAAAAGAAUAAGUCGUCAUUCGUUACUUGAACCUCGAAACAUAUUCACGCACUUUAUCAGUGCUCCGGAAAUUUAAAGAUUUUUAAGACGCUACUUCUUAUUUAGUUCGGUUAAAGUUUAUAUUCGAACGCAUUUUGUUGUUGUAUUAUUUCAUACAACGGCAUAAGAUGUCGGUGUGAUUAUUGUUUAAAUAAAAAGAUUAUUGUACUAAAAAAAUUAUUAAAGUUUUGGAGUGUCGCGCACAGUUAUCUCUUCCACUUAUUGUGGACCCAACCCGACUGGCGAUAUUAGUCAUUUGUUUGCUUGCUUUGUACACUUGCCAACAUAAUUUUGGAAAUGUUGAUAUGCUGCAUGGAAGGCUGCGAAUUCAACAAUUCGAUUUCCAAUGAUGAGCAUGUUAGGUGCUGGUUGUGUGACGAAUAUGCCCACGCAAAGUGCGCGGGUAUAAGUGAUAGUGUAGUGGAAAUGAUUGAAGGAAGAACUGGACUCAAAUGGACUUGUGAAACCUGCAGAGUUGUCAAAUCUCAGAUGGGAAGAUUUAUGAAGCAAACGCGUACGGAAAUCACUGAACUCUUUAGGGAAGUCCGAGCUGUCUAUGAAAAGUUGGCGAUGCUGGAAUCGCAUAUUACAUCUCAUCCUCAAGUACCGACUUCCCCUGUGCACAGUGAUUUCAGUUCUAACCCAUUACACACUUUUGAGGAUACUAAUGAUGACAGAGAAGUUGAAGAUGCAGAGUCAUCUGCUGUUCAACACAAUGCUACGGAUAUGCAGGUGGUGAAAAUAUGGCAUCAUAAUGCGGCUCCCGUGGUUCUACCUCUACAUGCCAAUCCGGAUCCGGAUAUUCUUAAAGCUGUUCCUCCAAUGAAAGCUGUGUUCGUAUCCAGACUCAUAACCUCAACUACUGAAGAUGCCCUCAAGCACUACAUAGUUUCCAAACUCUCAUAUUUCAAUCCCGAUGAUAUCAUCGUCAGAAAAAUAUAUAAUAAACAAAGACGAAAAAUUGCAUCGUUUAAAGUUAUGGCACCCGAUCCUAUAUAUUAUACGAUUUUAAAUCCGGGAUUUUGGCCUGAACAUAUCAUUGUGCACGAGUUUGUCAAGAAAAGCCUUCUUCAAGCCAAUGUAGAAUUUACAAAUUAUUGUUAAUAUUUAUAUAUGAAAUUUCAAUGAAAUAGUAAGAAAGUAACCCAUUUUUAGAAUAGUACCCGCGCAAUCAUUAUCAGUAAUUAUUAAUAUAAAACUGUUCUACCCAUAUCUGCGCAUCAAUGGGUUUAGCACAUUUAAUCACUCAUUUUUAUGCCUAUAUUUAGGGUAUCAAUUGCUCCGUAGAUACAGAAACACUUAUACAAUUUGAUAUCACUCGAGUAUAAGAAUUCGCUUCACAGAAGUUUCACUUUUAUGGUUUCACAAUAAAAUAGCUAUAAACGAAACGUUUGACAUUUGGAAUGCUAUUCGUUCGACCGCCACUGUGAAUAGUCUUAGACACCUCAUUCUCGACUCAAAUAAUAAACGUGAAAUGCUGUGGGAUUUGUCGCCAGGGAUACUCACUCCG